UUCACCUUCCUUUGGGUUUCGUGUGUGGUCUUCUCAAUUUCCCCCGUGAUUCCUUCGUCCCAUUUCCUUUCUUCCCUCUCUUAACUUUCAAAAGGCCCAAAAAUCAAGUAGAAGAAAAUUAAUAAAAAAGAAAAAACCCAAACUCUCUCCUUCUCUCUCAAAAGAGAAAGAGAAAUGAAGAGCAACUCCAACGCAAAGCUGAUUCUCCUCCACCCUUCAAUCCACAAAUCCUCCACUUCCUCUCACCGCUUCUUCCUCUUCUUCUUCGUAACUUUCUUCACUUUGGCUUUCACUGUAACUCUCUUCACCACCACCACCAUUUCCAACUCCACGACCCCUUCCCUUUCCACCGCCUCCGCCUCCUCCCUGCCUUCCUCCGUCACCACCGCUCUCCUCCACUAUGCUUCCACUGCCACCGUCAACACCACAACCCACCACAUGUCAUCCUCCGAACUCUCCCUCAUUGCAUCCACUCUCCACAACUGUCCUUCCUCGCCUUGCCGUUUCCUUGUCUUUGGUAUCACCCACGAAUCCCUCCUUUGGCACUCCCUCAACAUCCACGGUCACACCGUUUUCCUUGAUGAAAGUGAGUACUUAGUCUCCUCGUUCGAGCGGAACCACCCCGAAAUCGAAGCAUACGACGUCCAGUACACCACCAAAGUAAGCCAAAUGUCGGAUUUAUUAUCAUUAGCCAAAUCGCACAUCGAGAACGAGUGCAAACCAGUCCAAAACCUACUCUUUUCCGACUGUAAACUCGCUAUCAACGACAUGCCAAACCAUAUUUACUAUUUGAGUUGGGAUGUGAUCUUAAUCGACGGGCCACGUGGCUACUUCCCAGAUGCUCCAGGGAGGAUGGCUCCGAUAUUUACGGCCGGAGUGUUGGCAAGGAGCAAGAAGAAAGGUAGGAAAACGCAUGUUUUUGUGCAUGAUUUUGAGAGGGACGUGGAAAGUAUUUUAAGUGAAGAGUUUUUGUGCGAAGAAAACUUGGUGGAAACUGUGGAUUCUUUAGGACAUUUUGUCGUGGAGAAAGGAGUCAGUGAUGGUAUGAUGUCUGGGUUCUGUAAGAAUUCGACAUCAUCGUCGCCUUUGUCGGUUUCUCUAUCAUCAGGGGAAGAUGAUGAUUGAGAGAUUUGGAUGGGGUUUGUUUCUUUGCAAAUUGUAUCAUUUACAACUUUUUUUUCCUUUUUUCUUUUUUUUCCCAGUACAGAGGUGUAAUGUUUAUAUAGGUUUAAAAGUUUAAACCAUUGGAAGUGUAUCCAGAAAAAUUAUAAUCAAGUUUUGCGAAAUGUGAAUGUUUUUUUCUUGGUCAA